UCUGGGGACACUAAGCAGACCUGAUCCAGAUGACCUGAGAGGUCUGGAUGGUUCAGAACAUAGCAGAAGAUCAGAAAUGUGUUUUGGCCCUAAACCAUUUAGUGCUUUGUAAACCAGCAGGAGUAUUUUGAUUAGAGAGCCAUGUCUGCCUGGGUGACAGAAGAGGUCCUGAGAUGGGGUCUGCGCUUUUGCAGCCGCAGAUCUCUAUGGCAACAGCGCAGUUGCCUGGUGACAGCAUCAAUCAAGGACACAUCUACUACUCAGCAGUUAGCAGCACACAUAUGGGGCAUAAGGAGAAGCCAUACAUGCCUGGAUAGUGUCAGCUCAGUGAGGUUUUACUCCCAGGGUAGGAUUCACAGUGACUUGGAAGAGAAGGAGCAUCUCUCUUCUGAGAUACAAACUGAUGAGACAGCCUCAAGGCAAGUACAGAAGAGGUCGCCCUUCUCGGACCACCUGCAACGCUGUGGCUCCCCAUCAGACGUGUUAGACCUCUCCUGUCAGUACUCGCCCACGGUUCGACAGGUGAGCAACUGCCUGACCCACAUGUGGUCCAUUACGAAGAAGAUGUCAGAUGAGCAGCGGCGCUAUGAGCUGCAGCUGAUGUUUGAGCAUCCUGCGUUUGACAAGCUGCUGCAAAAGGCCAUGAAGGGAGUGGGGAACAUGCGCAACGAGGACUUGGCUUAUUCUCUCUUGGGUAUGGUCAAACUGGGUGUCCCCCAACGGAGCCGUGUGGUCCAGACUUUCCUCCGAGCCUGCCAGGAGAAUCUGAGUAACUUUGAUGAGAAGUGUCUGUCCGUCUUGUCCUCCUGUCUGGAACAUGUGGAGGACGGUGCCAAUGUUGGUGCACUUAAGGAGGGAAUGAGGUUGGUUGUUGAGGACCGUCUUCCCAGGAUCAAGAAUGUAAUGGCUCUCCAGACCAUGAUGCGUCUGGUGGGGAAAGAUGCCCCACUGGACCUCAAACGGAAACUUGAGAGAAAGGCGUUAUCAAUGGCCGACCAGUUCAGCCUUCCCAACACCCAGUACAUGAUCUCCACUAUGGCCACAAUGGGCUUCCACUCCAAACCACUGCUGGAUGUCUGCAGUAAGACGAUUAAAGAAAACCUCCAUGGAGUCCCCUUCAACAGAUUGAUGACAGUGCUGCAGUCCUGUAGGGAGCUGCACUACAGAAACUUAGAUCUGCUCACUGGCAUUUCAGACUACGUCGCCUCUACGAUGGACAUAUGGACUAAAAAACAGGUGUUCCUCUUCCUGUCCGUGUUUGAGAACCUCGCCUUCUGUCCCACUGCCUUAAUGGAGGCAUUUGUUGAGAAGGUGAUCGCCGAUCCAGACGCCCUGACACUGAAAGACCUCCUCUGUGUCCUCAAGGUGUACUCCUCUCUUAACUAUGAUCUGAGGGACCAAAGACAACAGUUCCUGGAUAGUUUGAGCCAGGCUCUGGACUCCUAUCUGCCCAAGAUGUCCGCGUUUGAGUUGUUAAAGGUUGCAUACCAUCUGUGUAUGCUGGGCCACUUCCCCUCUGCACCACUGGAGCAACUCCUGCAGAGCAGUACACUGGAGAAGUUUAACUCUACAGCACCCAGGUUUGUCCCUAGCCAGGAGAGAAUGUUCAAGACCGUCAACUCGUGCCUCCGUCUUGAUCGUCCUCCGCUCCCUCAGCCCCUGAUGGUCCCCCCAUCUUACCUGGGAGACCCCGUCCCCAGCAGUCCACCAGUCAACCUGUUGCUCUCGCAGGGCCUGCAGAGUGUGUUGGCGGACCAGACAGACACAAUGCUGCGGGAGAUGGUGGUGGUGGAGAACGUCUACAUCAUAGACGGCGUGAUAACCAAACCUCUGCCGAACCACACCUCAGUGACUGAAGCGGGUAGCUGUGCAGGAGAAGAGAGUUCUCCAGCAGAGAGCAGUCAAAGAAUCGCAGUGGUUUGCACAUCACACUCUGGUUUCUGCUACGGCACGUCCAAUCCCCGCGGCCCUCUGGCUGUCAAGAUUCGCCAUCUGAAGAUCCUGGGUUAUAACCAUGUCUUGGUAACGGAGCAGGAGCUGCAGUCCGCGUCUGAGGAAAAGAGGAUAGAUCUCCUCAGGGAACGGAUCUUUCCAGAACACCACCGAUCAGACGCACAACCUCAAGCAGAGCAACUGGGAUCUUGAGGACAGAUGUCAGUGUUAAAAGGAUGCAAACAGUCAGGUUCAGUAGUCGCAACCUGUGCAAACACACAGAUUUAGUUGUGCUAAUCAACGCUUUGUAAACACUUAAGAAGAUAAAAAAUAUAUUAAAGUGUUAAUAUCAAUUGAGA